CAGGUCUCAGCAGCCACACACAGUCUCCGCUUGUGCCUCUGCCUUUUUCGUCUUGUUGUUUCUGCUUCUUCAGUCUCCUGGUUGGAUUAGUGAUGCAGAUGACACCCUGCAGGACCAAGUAUUUUCAGCUUAUACUUUUGGGCCCCUUCUUGAUGGCUGUAGGCCUGGCCGCCAUGGACAGCCAAGCAUUGCAUCAACUUGAGAAGGACCCAUCUUACUGGGAUGCAAAAGCAAAGGAAACACUGGAUGCUGCACUUAAGCUUCGUCGUCGAGAACAUCGGGCUAAAAACAUGAUUCUCUUUCUUGGUGAUGGGAUGGGUGUGUCCACGGUGUCAGCAGCACGUAUUCUGCGAGGCCAGAAUGAGGGCGGGUCUGGAGAAGAAACAGUGCUGGCCAUGGAUACUUUCCCAUAUGUUGCCCUUUCUAAGACCUACAGUGUGGAUAAGCAGGUUGCAGACAGUGCCAGCACGGCCACAGCUUAUCACUGCGGGGUCAAGGCCAAUGCAAAGACAGUUGGACUCAGUGCUAAAGCAGUGGCCUAUGAAUGCAACACCACCUUUGGAAAUGAGGUCUACUCAGUGCUACGACGUGCUAAAGCCCAAGGUAAAUCAGUGGGUAUAGUGACCACCACACGUGUCCAGCAUGCCUCGCCAGCUGCAGCCUAUGCCCACUCUGUCUCCCGCAGUUGGUACAGCGACGCAGACCUGCCUUCCGAUGCUCAAGAACAUGGCUGUGUGGACAUUGCCACCCAACUGGUCACCAACUUUGAUAUUGAUGUUAUUUUAGGGGGAGGCAGGAUGUACAUGACACCAAAAGGCACUCCAGAUCCUGAGCAUCCCUCUUCCAAUUCUCGCAAGGGAAACCGCAAAGAUGGAAUAAACCUUAUUGAUGUGUGGCUUAAUGCUAAACCGAACAAAAAAUCACACUAUGUCUGGCAUAAAAAAGAGUUUGAUGAGAUAAAUGUAAGAACCACAGAUCGUCUUAUGGGUCUUUUUGAACCAAAAGACAUGAAGUUUGAAGUUUUCCGAAAUACCACACGAGACCCAUCCAUUGUGGAGAUGACAGAAAAAGCUAUUCAGAUCCUCAAGAAAAACCCAAAUGGAUACUUCCUCUUUGUGGAAGGAGGUAGAAUUGACCAUGGACAUCAUGAUGGUAUUGCUAAACUGGCUCUUACUGAAGCGGAGAUGUUUGAUCGAGCAAUUGAGCGUGCUGCUCAAAUUACCAGGGAAUCUGACACGCUGACUGUGGUAACUGCGGACCACUCUCAUGUCUUCACUUUCGGUGGUAACACACCCCGAGGCAACCCUAUUUUUGGUCUGGCGCCAAAGAAAGCUGAUGACGAAAUGCCUUUUACCAGCAUCCUUUAUGCCAAUGGCCCCGGUUAUGUGCAUGUAAACGGAACCAGAGGCAACAUCACAACGGUGGAUUACUUUGACGAGGAGUACAUGCAGCAGGCUGCAGUUCCGUUGGAUUCUGAGACACAUGGGGGAGAAGAUGUAGCCAUAUAUGCUAAAGGUCCAAUGUCUCACCUGUUUCAUGGAGUGAAAGAGCAGAACUAUAUAGCACAUGUUAUGGCUUACGCAGCCUGUUUGGAGCCAUACAAAAACUGCCCUCCUCACCAUCACAGCCAUUCCUCAGCUGUGUGUUCGCACAGACAUUUAGGCCUUUUGCUCAUCAUGCUUGUCCUUCUCUGUUUUUUAAGAUGACCUUCAUACAUACACACACAUGUUAGCAGACAUUUAACUUGCUAGGCUAUAUGUAUGCAGUAAAACAAAGACUAUGGACUAAGUGCUUCCAGGUAAAUAUGCAGACAUGUCUGCUAUGUGCGUGGGCAAGAAAUAGAUUGAUAAACAUCGGCAGUACUGUAAUAAUUACCAGAAAACUCCCUUAACCACAUCACAUUUAUCAACACACAGUUGUAUUUUACCUUGCAUUUGAAAUACAUGUUUGAGCACGUGACUGUUACCUCAUAUCAGCUGCAAAGCAAUAAAAAGGCAAAUACUGACAGCGUGUGCACAUGCAAAUAUGCAAAGAUUAGCUGGACUUUCAUUAAAAACUGUUUACCUUAGACAAACAAUUUAAGAGUCAGGUACUGAUCCAGCUUUCCAAUUGAACAA